UCGACGUCAUUCACGCCGCGCCCCCGUUGCCGCGCGUGUGUGUUCGUUCGGGGUGUGUACGCUCGUGUGUGCGAUCGUUCGUUCGGGGUGUGCGCGCCCGUCGUUCUCUCGACACUCGACCGCCACCGACCGUAUAACGAUAACGAUAACGGUCUGUACUCCGACGACCACCAAAACGAGCAUAAUAUACCUACCAGUAAUUAUUAUUAUUAUUAUUAUUAUUAUUAUUUUUACUGUCGGCGUAUAACAUAAUUAUUAUAUACUUACCGGGCGAUUGUUGCUCUGUAUAACUGUUUUUAUUUCACUCGCGUGCUUUUAAAUUACAUCGUCUCGCGGUGAUUUUCCAUUAACUUGUCUACGGUCUACAUCACACCACAGCCGUCUUUAACACACGUCGUCGACUUCGUCGUUACCAGUCAAUCGGCCUGCAGUGCCCAAGUACCACACGCAACCGUGACCACGAACGACCGCGACCAAGACCACUACCACGACGAGGUACGAACCCUUGAACGCGCGGCGGUGGCACCGCCACUGGCGGUAGUGGCCGCCACGUUAUACGAAAUAGCCGUUGCCGCCGCCGCACACGGCAAACAUGUUCAACUUUGCCAGUAAGAUGAUCAACAGCCUGAUGGCGGCGGGCGAUGACAUGGUCACGGGAACCGAUCCGCAGCAGCCGCAGAACGCGGUCAACCGUCCGCAACAGCACCAGCAGCAGUUCCAACAACAGCAAGACUAUGGCGGUGGACGACCCGGAGGUACGUCCACCGUGGCCAGGCAGUACGGCAUGAAUCAGCAGCAGCCGCCGCAGCAGCAGCAACAGCGUAGCAUGGCCGGUGGCGGGUACCCGCAGCAGUCACUGCAGCAACCACAACAACAGCAACUCCCGAGACAACCGCCGCAACAGCAACAGACUAGACUUCAGCAGCAGCAGCAGCAGCAGCAGCCGCAAUCACAGCCGUCCUUUUACCGUCAACAGCCACCGGCGCCUUUAUACAACAGUGGCACUACUACUAGCAGUGGAAGGCCACCUUCGCAGUCAUCCCCCCAUCAACAGCAGCAGCAGCAGCAGCAGCAGCAGCAGCUCCAACAACAACAACAACAACAACAACAGCAACUACUUCAGCAGCAACAGCAGCAGCAACAACAGCAGCGGCAAAGGCAACAGCAGCAGCAGCAACAACAUCAGCAACGUCCCGGUGGUGCAGGCAUGGGUAUGCCGGCAUUAUCAGCAAGCACACUGGAAACCGCGACCGCCGACCCGGACCCGUUGAGCCUGGACCUGAGCCACCUGAGUGCCGAAGAACGAGCAUUGAUCCAGAACGUCAUGGCCAAGGCGAAGAACAUGGACGCCACUGAACCCGCCCCGGUGACGCCGCCGCAUAUGACGAUGACUAGAACGACGGCGAUGACUUCGUCGUCUCGAGGUGAAACUGCAACUAACGGGAGUUACGCGUCGUCAAGCGGUCAAGACGCCACGUACUACAACAGUACCAACAGCAAAAGUGGCACGCAACAGCAACAGAACGCGUCGUACCAGGACCGUAACGUCUACCAGCAGCAACAGCACAGAGACGGGUCGGGUGGUGCAGGCGGGUCGUCGUCAAUGGCGCCGUCGUCGUCGUCGUCGUACUCACAACAGCAGCAACACGCCCCUACUUCGGCGUACCAGCAACCCGUCGGCGGCUCGUAUCAGCAGCACAGCGGUUACAAUUCGGCUGCGGCGGCAGCGGCCAGGCGGCACAUCCAGCAACACGGUUACGACGACUACCACCAGCAACAGUUGUCGCCGGAGGAACAGCUGUCGCCCGUAUCGCCGGAAAACGAGGUGUCCAUGCCGUACGGAGUCGGCGCCGGCGGAAACUCGCAGCAAUACCACCAGCAGCAACAGCAACAGUUGCAGCAACAGCAACAGCUGCUGCAGCAGCAACAGCAGCAGCAGCAGCAACAGCAACAGCUGCAGGGAGAGCGUUCCGGGUCCGAUUCCAGCGACGACGUGAGCCUGGCCGAGUGCCUGGCCGGCGGCGGCGUCGAGUUGAUGAACUUGCGGCCGAUGCCCAUGUUGGACGAGAACGGUCAAGUACUGUUGGACGACGUCGAUACCGCCCGGAUGCAGCAACAGCAACAGCAGCAACAGCAACAGCGUCGCGAGGAGCAGUAUUGCAGCGAACAGCAAGCGUACUAUGGAGGCAACGCGACCACCGCCAACGCGUCGGACGUGUACACCAUACCCGAGGACGAAGACGAGCUGAGCAGUCCGACGGGCGCCGACGGUGUGACGAGCCUCCGCAAGCGACAGAUGGCCAACACGUUGACCGCUAUUUCCGGUUUGAACAACAGUAGCUGCUCGGCGGCGGUUAACUUGCACCACCAGAUCGUCGACAACGAGCGGUUCAUGAUGAAAUACGCUGCGGCGAAUUCGGGCAGUUCGGACUCGCAUCAAAGGUCAAAGUUGUCGAACGAUGACUCUUCGGCAGCGUCCGCCUUUACCGAUCAGACCCGAUCGAAAAAACUCAACCAGUCGUCUACGAUACAAUCCGGUGUCUUGCAAAAUAACAAAUUCCGGGCCGGCGGUGGAGAAACCGUCGUCCAACCGGUGGUGACUUACGCCCAAAACUCUGCGUCGUACUACAACGGCAGCAACAGCAGUAGCAGUAGCAGCAGCAACAGCAACGGCAGCAGAUUUGCGUCGGUUGACGGCGACCACAAUAACAUAAUAUCGUCCGCGUACGACACUACGGCUGAAAACUGCGUGUUCCAAGACGACUUGGAAAAAACGCCGGAAUACGAUCGAAUAUGCAAAUUGUUGAGCCAGCCGUUUCGUGCGGUCGGUCAUCACGAGUCCAAGUCCAAUAAGACGGUGCAGCAGACCAAUCGGAACCAGCACCAGCAGCACCAUCACCAGCAGCAGCAGCAGCAACAGCACAUGCAGCGACAGCUCAAGCAACAGCAGCACAAGAACCAGCAGCACCAAAACCAACAACAACAACAACAACAGUACAACAACAUGCUGGGCCGCGCGCUGUCGUCCUCGCAGCAGAACCGGCAGGCGGCGUCGUCCAACAGCAGCAACAAUACGUUUGGGAACGUUCAAAACUCGAACCGUAGUCGGACGAACUUUCGCUACGACGACGAGGACGACGAGGAAGAGUUGUUGGAGCAGCAGCAACAGCAUCAUCCACAGACACAACGACACAAUUAUGGAAUACAACCGGCGGCGCAGCAGGUGGCUGCGGCGUCGGCAGCGGCGUCUGACAACGACAGCAGCGGCACGAUCAGCGGAAUGUUGGCCGACUUUAGUCGGUCCAUAGCCAACAUGAACGGCAGUGGAUCCACGACGACAACGGCCACUCCGCUGUACAACGGAAGCGACAAAUUUGGCGAAAACAACAACAAAUACGAUUCCGUGCCAAGCGAAAACGCCCAAAAACAACAGUAUCAACAACAGACGCAACAGCAACAACAGCAAUACCAACAACAUGGUUUCACCGACGGGUUUUCGACGUCCUCCGGUACAACGACGCAACUGCGGCGCACCCAAUCGAUCAUCAGUCAAAACCUGCGCGACCAACAGUACCAGCUGUACUGUACUGGUUCGUCGCCGCCGCUCCAGCAGCUGCAGCCGGUCCAGCAACAUCAGUACGGCGACACCGCCGUCGCUCAACUGCAGCAGCAAACCGCGAACAACGCUUACGGACAGGCGGAAGACGGCGGCUUGUUGUACGGAACCGGUGGCGUCGGAACAGGACCGUCGAGCAUCGUCGCGAGACAGGCGCAGCAACAGCAACAAACUAUCGCCGCUGCGUCACAGCUGCGACAGCAACAGUACACGGCCGCCGGCAUCGCCACUGCCAAUAGUUUGCAGACCGAAACGAAUUACUCGUCGACGAUUGGCACCGGAAAUGCGGCGGCGAUGCAACAACAGUUGUUCUAUAACAAACGAGGGGACAGCGGCGGCGCUCUGUUUAACUGCCAACAACCGACAUAUCAACAGCAGCAAGAAGUCUUGUACCAGCCUUAUCAACCGGAAUACGGCACAUAUCAGCAACAGCAACAGCAACCGCCACAUCAGCAACCGCAACAUCAACAACAGUCUAACAACGUAUCGUACAAUCAAAUGCAACAACAGCCGAACCAGCAACAGCCAAACCAGCAGCAGCAGCAGCAAUACAAUCAGUCACAACAACAAUCGCAACAGCAGUAUCAACAGCCGCAGAACCAACAAUACCAGUCGAGUCAACUGCAGCAGUAUCAGAGGUUUCCGAAUCAAGAUCAACAGCAGCUGCCGUUGACUGUCGGCGAUAAUUCCCAUCAAUACAGCAUCGAUCAACAACUACAACAACAACAACAACAACAACAACAAAAUAGGGUGGACAUUAACUCUGGUCAGAACGUGUCCACUUUAACACUCGGCGGAGUACCGGUUACUUCGGGUGGUGUAAAAUACGAUGUGACGUCGUCGGAACUUAGUUCCACUGCAUUUAGACCACUGCAGCAGCAACAGGGUCAACGUUGCGACAAUCCCACGGCUAUUGCACUGCAGCAGCAACAGCACUAUAUCAAUGGCAACAACUACCAGCAACAACAGCAACUGCAACAGCAACAACAGCCACAGAAUCAGAUGCAGCAACAGCAGCAGCUGCAGAACAGUACUUUACCGCCGGUCAGUGGUACCAGUACGGCCAGAGUAACGGUACUACUAAACUCGUCUUCAGCCACAGCGGACCAGCAGCAGACAGGUGUCAAAGCUUUGACUAGUGGGUCGACGGCGCUUAAAUAUCAGACAGCCGGACAGCAACAAACCUCGUCGUCACAGGCAUCGACUUUGCACCCGACACCGCCGCAGCAAAACACGCCGGUCGGCACGCCCAGGGGCGCCCUGCUGAUCAGUGGCGGGGGACUUGGGCUCAGAGAUUUGACGGCAUCGCCGUCGGACACGCUCAGCGAACCGGACUCGAUGCGCUCGUCGUCGUUGAGGGGUAGCAACGGUCGGGACGGUCGACGUCGGUUGCCCGACUUACCCCCACCAGACCUGGAAAUGGCUGGGGUACAGUGGCCAGCGGCUGCAAACGCUAAACGCCGGGAGCGCAUGAUGCGAGCCAUGAUGGAUAAGUUCAAGCCAUUCUCUUCAUCACGGAACGUCGCGAACGUGGAUGCUUUGACCACGGUUUAUGGUUACGGUGGUAACAAAUUUGCAUCUAAUCGACCCGGCAGUAUGAGUGAAACCAAUUUACUGAAGUAUCGUCCUCAGAAAGAUGGCGGUCCGACAUCCACUGUGCGACCAGAAUCGGCGCUUGGUCUUUUGCAAGGUUCCAGCCUGGUGAGCAGCACCGGAGAACAGACGCCGUCGAUGGCCAGGCAAUACGGCGGCUUGACGCGGAAAUACGGGUCGGACGGCGGCGACGAGCUGGCCGCCUGUCUGCCACCCGACCUGCGGCAUCUGUUGUCGGCCACAACGGCGGCGGCACCGCAGUCGCACCACCGACAGACGACGACGCAACGACUGCAACAACACGGACUGCUGCAGAGGAGUCCCGCGGCCACGGCCGCCGCCAAUUCACUGAACAACACGGCCGCGAUGAGCAUGUACGGCGGUGGCGGUGGCAGGAAGCCGUGGUCGUCGUCGUCGUCAUGGUCGUAUCACGACGACACAGGCAUCGGUUACCCGUCGUCCGUGGACCGUCGCGUCGGCGGCACCGGCAGGCAGGCGGCCGCCUUGUUCGGCGGAGGCGGCGGCGGCGUGGGCCUAGGAGGCCUGGACUCGCAUCAUUACCGCAGCAGCGGCGGGGGUAGGACGAUGACUGCCGCGAGAUCGCUGGGUGGAGUCUAUGACGGUAACAGUCUGUUGUACCGCUGUUCGACCAGUAACGUGCCUGACCAUCUGGAAAGAAGGUGGUAUCAGAACCAGCAGCAACGACAAACCGGCGGCAGUGGCGGACGGCUGAUCAGAGGGUUGGGCGGUUCCAAACACUUGUCGGACGUGUACGACGACGACGACCUGCUGCGAUUACAGCAGCAAGACGACGCCACGGUUGCCGCACUGUUGCUGGACGACGUCGUGUUGGGCGGAGGUUACAGCAGCAGAAACUCAGACUUUAUGCCGUCUAGACCGAGGUCUAGGUCAUAUGGCGGCGGUGAAGAUCCAUCGUCCACGACGUCUUGGCGACACUGGCCCGACACCGGCGGCGGAUCCGGUUAUCUGGGCGGCGCACUGCGCGAGACUGCCAUCGGUUCGUCGGCGGCGAUUUACGAUCACAAUGGCCACCGGCGUGGGACGAAUACUGCGAUGAAUUCCGCCACAGUCGAUCACAAAAGAUGGGACGUUCGGCGGCACAACCGCCGGCAGCGGCGGUACAGCGACGGCGGCGGCGAUUCAGACCCGCGCCGGCCGUACGACUACCACCAACACCUGCCGAUGACCUCGACGGCGGCCAUGAUGAAGUACGGCACGGCCGGCCGGCGAUCGCGUUCGUGGGACCCGUCGCCGUCGCCGACACCGACCGCCUACCUGAGCGGCGGCGACGACGGUGGAGGCUACGGCGGCUACGGCGGCUACUGCGACUACAUGGACGACUACGGCGGCGGCGUCGGCAUCGGCGACUACGAAUCGCUGGCGGCGCUGGCCGCCGAGGAGGAGCACGACGAGGAGCUGCAGCGCGAGGAGAAGAAGGCCAGGAUCAAGGCGGAGAUCGCUCGGCGUCGGCGGCAGAUCGAGGACAACGUCCGGCUGCACGAGGAGCUGCUGCGCCUGGCCCGGAUCCGCGAGAACGCCGAACACGAGUAUUCGUCGUCCAUGCUGCCGUCGCUAUCCGCUGCAGGAAGAUAGAAGAAUAACAUAACAAAUUUGGACCGCAAAUGUCGACGUGAUCAAAGUACUACCAGAAAAUUCUAAGAAAAAUCCGGUUUGGGAGCUUAUCGUAAUAGGAAAUUGUUGAGGUCAAAAGACUGAGAUUUAUUACGCGUUUAAAUUGUCAGUUUUCGAUGGGCACAAUUUUUGGUAUCAAAAUCUAACUUCUAAAUAUUUUUACCAGUUUUGUUCCAUAUACCGUAUUGUGCUUGUAGGUAUUAGACGUAGAGAUUUGUCGGCCACUAUACUUUAAUGUUUCCUUCGAUAUUAUUUUACUCUAUAAAUCAUUUUUAAACAAUAUCACCGCUUGUAUAACUGUUACCUAUAUAGUUUUGAAAUUGUUACUUAUUAUCUUUCGAAAAUUUAAUUUAUUUACUCUUCGAUGUAAGCAAUAUUAGAUGUAUUGUACAUACUCAUUCGACGAGAAGAAUACCUAUGAUAUAAUAAUAAUUAAUUUAGAUAAUCAUCCUAUUCGUUUUUCACACUGUUAUAUCUUGCAUUUACGUAUGUAUACCUACUAGAAAAAAUAUAAUUUAUACCUAGUUGAAACCAAAAAGUGUGCGAUCGAUUUUUUUCCUUUUAUUAUUUAAACAUAAAAUUACACAUAUAUAUAAUAUAUAUAUAGCUAUUAUUUGUCAUAAUAUUAUAAUACAUAUUCGAUUACUACACAUUGUCGCAACGCGUUAGAAUAUAGCUAUCACGAAUAACACAUGACUUUAUUCACCACAGUUUUUCGUGCACUUUUUGGGAAUAUUUAAAAAAAAAAAAUUUUUUUAGCUUAUAUUCGGUUUAAACAUUAAUGUGUACCUUUAUUAUUACGGUGAUAAUAUUAAAGUUCUGUUGUAUCUUAUAAAAUAAUAUUAAUAAUAUUCCUUGAUGUCAUUACACGAUAAGUAUACCUAUCGGUUCAGUAUUAAGUAUAUUAUGUACAAAUUUAUUUAUAUAUGCCCACACACGCUUUACAUACAUAAUAAUAUAUAAUAUUAUAACCGAUAUGAAAUGAUGAAUAUUGAAAAAUUAAAUUUAAUGAAUAUUUUUCAUUUUCAUUGACUAAUCGAGAUUAACACGUAGAUGCCAACACAAUAUAUAUGUAUAUAGGUACCUAUAUAUUACGCGCAUGACACGAAAUUUUAUAUAAUGUAGGGCCUACGCUGUAGAACCUUAAAUUAUCUACUUAUCGAAACCGAAAUAUCAGUAAUGAGUACUUUUUGUAUAAUAAUAAUAACAAUAUUGAUUACCGAGAAAAAGUUUAUUAUGUUUAUAAUAUUAAAAAAUAAAUCAAUAGGAAUAGAUACUUAACCUACACAUCUACACUUACGUAUUUAUUAAUAUUCACUUGAAAAAAAUAUAUAAUAAUUUAAAUCUACAAAUAUCUAUCUAUAUUAUAUUUAUAUUAUCAUUGUAUCGGACGAUUACAUUUUACUAAUAUUCCACCAAGUAAUAAUAUAUACAAUUAUCUCGAGUUAUACAUUUUUGUUUUUUUAUUGAUUGUACUUGAUCAAAAAACAAUAAUAAUUGUAGUUAUACCUCUGUUGGAUUUUAUAUUAUUACUAUAUUAUUACAAUUACAAGUAUUAUAACUACCUAUAAAUUAUUUGCUAUUAUAAUAGUUGUGUAAUUUUUGUCGUGUAUGAAAUCUUAAACUUUUUUAUCUUGUUAUUCCCUAAUUGUUGUUAACUAUUUAAAAUUCGUCCGAUUAAACUAAAUCUAAUUCGUUUUCAUAUAAUAACAUAGGUAAAUGUAAUGUAACGUUUGUUUAUUAUUAUUAUUAUAAGUUUAGUUUGUUUGUUUGUCGAGAUACUGCAUUGUUAGUUAAUAAAUAAAUGUUUUAAAUACACUUGACAACAUUUUACUGGGUGUCUAUUAUGUUUUAUUGUUCUAUGUAUGUUUUUUUUUUUUUAAUUUCUACUGCUAAAUAAUAAUUUUUAUUAUAAUUUUAUCAAUAUCAUUAUAAUAAUUACAAACCGUUACAAAUUAUGUAACUACCUAUUAUGGAUUCUUAUAUAUUAUGUACCUUUACCUCUGUUUAAUUAUAUCGGAACAAAUCGUUUAUACUGCUAUAAACUAUAAAUAUUAUACCAGUUUUAUCUUUUGAAUGAAAAAAAAAAUGAUUUUACUAUUUCGUAUUUACAAAAACGAACGACAAUGUGAUUCAAAGAAUAAAAUAUUAAUGUUGAAAUGUUGUGAAAAUAAAAACGAGAUUAUCUUUGAAUGUACAAUAA